AUUCGAAGGGCCCAUUAAUUGUUAGUCCCGACGCCCACCGCAGCCACAACUGGGGCCGGCGCCAUUGUUGCCUUGACUGUUUGCUGAUUGAAUGAGAUUAUGAGGGUCUCCGCCCUGGCGCAAUCUAUCGAUCUCACUUGAACUGGCCUAACUCGAUAGCUUCGGAAUUCCUGCCUCUGCCGCAUCUGUAGAUCGGAGGAUAAUGACUAUAGUACGAUGAGGAUUGAAAGAAAGGAAGUAAAGAAUAGAUAUUGCUGCAGUAGAAACAUUGCGAAUAACGCCAAUAAUCAGCCGAAUCAUGCGCAUCGGCAGGGCAGCAAGUCAAAGCAAAUUGGUCUGGACCAGAGGGAGCAGCAUCUCGGUUUCUUGGGCGUUUCCACUGGCCGACUUUCCCGUGCGAUCGGCGAGGUUUCCGCAUCGAUCAACUCCUGCUCUAUUGCUGCUGCCAUCCAUGGAUGGAGCUCUGUGGAUGGGAGUGAGAGUUUGUCAGUCAGUCAGUCAGUCAGUCAGUCCGUCUGUCUGUCUGUCUGUCUAUCUGUCUGUUCGUCGUCUUUUCUUCAUAAGAGUUCCCCACUUCGUCCCUCUUCUGUCUUCCUGUCAUCUCAAUAGUCUUGUCUCUUUUCUCCUUUUCCUUUCCACCUUCUUUCUUCUCUCGCACACACACACUCUCUCUCACCCAUCUUCUCGCCUCACUGCAUUUGCUUCGGCUGUUCGCUUUAUUGUACUUCCAUACUGCUUCCCACUUGCUUGUAUAAAAUACCGGCGAGUUCUUUUCUUGCCUUGCUUAUCAAAACCUCUAAUAAAUCCCAUGCAUAAUUAAAUCAUUUGAGCGGUAUGUAUCGAUUCUAGUAAUCUUAUUUAUGGCAAUCGUCCCCACCAGUGUUCACUCGACACUCUCGCUCGUGCGCUUCUUACUGUCUCACCUCAAUUUCCCCACGGACUGUCCACAGCAGCUUGGCUUUUUCCAUUUAAAAAAACUCCUAUUCCCUGGCUGUUCUUCGGUCGAUCCAUCUCCUGUUUCUCAUUAACCCAUGU